AUGGCCAGCCGGGCCUUCGGGGUGCGCAGGUGGGCGCCCGCGGGCGCGCUGGCCUCGCUGGCGUACUGGGCCCACCAGCGGCGCGGGGCCCGGGCCGAGCCGCGGGGGGCGGCCGGCGGGCUCCCCGCGGACCGGAGCCGGCUGGAGCUGAAGAUGGUGCAGGUGGUGUUCCGGCACGGGGCGCGGAGCCCGCUCAAGCCGCUGCCGCUGGAGGAGCAGGUAGAGUGGCAUCCCCAGCUCCUGGAAGUGCCGCCCCAAACCCGGUUUGAUUACACCGUCACCGACCUUGCAGGCGGCCCCAGGCCGCCUUCUCCAUUUGACUCGCAGUACCGAGGGACCGUCCUGAAGGGGGGCGUGCUGGCUGGCCAGCUGACCAGCGUGGGCAUGCGGCAGAUGUUCGCCCUGGGAGAGAGGCUGAGGAAGAGCUACGUGGAGGACACCCCCUUCCUCUCGCCAACCUUCAACCCACGUGAGAUCUUUGUCCGUUCCACUAACAUGCAUCGGAAUCUGGAGUCGACGCGGUGCUUGCUGGCUGGGCUUUUCCAGUGUCAGAAAGAAGGACCCAUCGUCAUCCACACGGACGAGGCGAGCUCUGAAGUCCUGUACCCCAACUACCAGAGCUGCUGGAGCCUGCGGGAGAGAACCAGAGGCCGGAGGCAGGCUGCCUCUCUGCAGCCGGGGAUCUCGGAGGACUUGGAGAAGGUGAAGGAGGACAUGGGCAUCGCCGACAGCGAGGGCGUGGACUUCUUCAUGCUCCUGGACAACAUGGCUGCUGAGCAGGUGCACGGCCUCCCGAGCUGCCCGGCGCUGAGGAGCAGUGCCCGGAUCAUCGAGCAGAGAGCCGUGGACACGGUCUUGUACAUGCAGGGCGGAGACAGGGAGAGUCUCCAGAUGGCCGUCGGACCGUUUCUCCACCUCCUGGAGCGCAACCUGCUGACGGCCGCGGGCCCUGCCACGCCGCCGGGCAGCCACAGGAAGCUGUACCUGUACGCGGCUCACGACGUGACCCUCCUGCCCCUGCUGCUGGCCCUGGGGAUUUUCGACCACAAGUGGCCGCCGUUCGCUGCUGACCUGACCUUGGAGCUCUACCAGCACCGGCAGUCCCGGGAGUGGUUUGUGCAGCUCUAUUACCACGGGGAGGCCCAGGUGCCGCGGGGCUGCCCGGACCCGCUCUGUCCUCUGGACCAGUUCCUGGACGCCUUGUCCGUGUACACGCUAAGCCCAGAGAAGUACCGCGCGCUCUGCUCUCCAGCCCCGGCGACGGAACUCGGAAAGGGAGAGUGA